AUGGGGCGAUCCGGGUUUGGGCUGGCUUGGCUGGCCCUUGUGCUGUUGGCCCAAGGCACCGUUGCCAUCAUGUGCGGGGACCGCGAGUGCCGGAACUGUGACACGCGCUUGCUCGAAUACGAAUUGCUGGGGGAACUCACCUCAUGCUCAGCCUCAGCCCAGCCUCGAUUUGCCACGGGCGCUACCUGCAAUUUCGAUUGCAGUGGCACCAGCGUGGUCAUGAGGACCAUGGUCUGCCACGAUGGCUUUUGGCUCUGGCCUCAAACCAACAUCAGUGCCAACUACAUGUGCCCUUCGUACCUUGCGGCUGGCUGUCACUAUGACCCCAUGGCGACGGACGGCGUUCGCUUCAGCUGCAACCGCUGUGGGCGCGAGAUCGAAUUGACACCCCUGGACACCACGCCCUUGAUCAUCUCAGCCGACGUACAACAUCUGGAGAUCACCUGCCACCAUCUGGCUGCUUUACCAAUGGAGCCCUUUCGCAACAUGCGGUUCCUCGAGACUUUGAACUUGAGCCACAACGCCAUUUCGUUUACCACCAAACGUUUCCUCGAUACGACCUUUCGCUUGACCAGCAUGGAUCUCCACGACAACAAACUCUCCCUGCUCGAUUGGGAUGACACACCCAGCAUCAUGCCCAACUUCACCUUUUUAGACCUCAGUGAGAAUAACUUGCAGCAGGUCAGCUGGUGGGCCUUUCGUGGCACGUUUUCACCGUCUUGCUCCGUUGACCUUCCAGAACUCCGCUUUAGCAAUGCCAGCAACGGCUGUCACUGCGCCCUGCAGCCCCUAUACACAACAAAUGGUCUUGGCCAGCCAGACUGCGGUCGGGUGGUGUGUACCGACGCUUGUCGCAACCCGGCCGAGAUAGACCCGGCUACUGAGACCGUCUCUUGCACCUCCUAUGUGCCGGCUGCAAGGCCCGGCGCUUCCCGUGGCCUGACCACCUUGCCCAGUAUGAACAUGCUCUGCGACGGCCACACAGAUUGUUUCAAUGGCUUUGAUGAGGACAUCUGUGGCAUCUACAUGACUGAUGCAACCAGCGACACUUUGCUGAAGGCGCUGAUAGCUCGCUGUCAUGGCUCAGUCCUCCACCUCAUCCUCCUUCGGGGCGUGGUCGUACUUCGCCCUGAUCCAUACGAGCCGUUUCCGAACAAUACUUGCUUGGGCAACACGCGAUCAACUCGAGAUCAGUUGGUGCUCCGCAUCACCGACAAUGGCGCUAUCACCGCAGUGGAUGGCGAAGACAGCGAUGUCGAUUACUCCUUUUCUGUUCUCAACUACACCGCCGCCCGUGUCUCGGGCGUGGCUCUUGGCGGGAACAACAUCUCGGCCAUUUUUGAGAUUGUCAACGGCUUCCCCGACUGGGACGCCCAAGCUUCCACCGCUGACCCCAAAACGGAACCAAGUGGCAACACUAGCACCGCUGCCCCUGUGGCCUUGGUUCAACCCUCCAGGUCUCCCGUCCUGGUGGCCGUGAUUGUCGCCGUUGUCGGAGUCCUUUUGUUGCUGGUUGGUGCCGUCACCUGGCGAGUGCGGCGCCAACAAAGGCGUCGGUUGAGUCACGAACAACAGCUCCGACCUCUGAUGGACGAACUGACACUGGAGCUGACCCAGAGCGAAUCCUGGGUCAGGUCGGGCGAGGCUGCUUCGGAACCGCGCGCAAACACGGCCAGUUUGUUGAUCCCCUCGUACGUCCGCUUCGCCACAAUACUUCCUGUAGCCCAGCCGUUGGUCAAGCCUCUUUGA